AUGUCCUCGACGACUCCGGAAAAACGGUCUGCUGAUGAGAAGCGAAGCGAGAGCAUCUCAGAGGAUGUGGCGACUAGCCAGCCCGAAAUCGGAGAAGCAGUAUCUCGGAGACACAUCAUGCGGAAGCUGGACAUCCAUUUGCUCCCUUUUGUGUCGCUGCUCUACUUGUUGUCGUUCCUCGACCGUGCCAAUAUAGGGAACGCCAGAGUCGCCGGAAUGGCGGCGGAUGUUGGGCUCGUCGGCUUGAAGUAUAAUGUCAUCGCAGCAGUGUUCUUCAUUCCGUAUGCACUAGCGGAAGUCCCUUCGAACAUUGCCUUGAAACUCUUCCGACCGUCAAUAUGGAUCCCUACCAUCAUGCUUGCUUGGGGGCUCGUUAUGACCUUGAUGUGCUUAUGCAACACUUACGAAGGUCUCAUUAUCGCCCGUGUCUUCUUGGGCCUGACCGAAGCUGGGCUUUUCCCUGGUAUCACGUACUAUAUAUCACUGUGGUACCCUAGAUCGAAGCAAGCACGACGUGUUGCCAUCUUCUUUUCGGCAGCCACUGUCGCUGGCGCGUUCGGUGGUCUUCUUGCAUUUGGCAUCGAGCAUAUGGAGGGGCUUGGUGGACUUCAUGGCUGGCAAUGGAUCUUCUGUUUAGAGGGCAUUCUCACGGUUCUCGUCGCCGUAGCCUCCUACUUCUAUAUGCACGACUACCCGGAGACAGCGAGCUUCCUGACCGACGCCGAACGCAUCCAUGUGGUUAACAUGCUGAAGGAAGAUUCCAACAGCUUGGCAACUCAUUAUGACAGGAAGUUCGUUUGGCAAGCUAUGCUGGACUACAAGACCUACGUCCAGGUUUCCAUCUAUAUCGGGUUGUUGAUCCCAGUCUACGCCAUCGCUUUGUUCACCCCAACUAUCGUCAACUUAUUGGGCUUCACUGCUGCGCAGGCACAACUUCUUACCAUCCCCCCCUUCGUCGUAGGUUGUCUGUUUACCAUCCUUGUCGGCAUAUACUCCGACAGGUACAACCUACGGGGACCUUUCAUCGUCGGCGGAUGUCUCGUUGCAUUGAUCGGAUACAUAAUUCUAUACACGCAAACUAAGCCAGGCGUAGCUUAUUUCGGCGCCAUUCUUGCCGCAACCGGUAUCUACCCAACCAUUGCUGUAGAUCUAGCAUGGGCUGGAGGUAACGCCGGAGGUGAUGUUAAAAGAGGUGUAGUCAUCGCCAUGGUCAUCGGUAUUGGCAAUCUCGGAGGAAUUUGCUCCUCAUUUAUUUACAUACAUCCUCCAAGAUUCUUCUUGGGCCACGGCAUCAUAAUGGGUUUCUUGGGACUAUCCAUCGUCAUGUCCUUGUUUGCGAUGUGGGACUAUAAUAGGAUCAACAAACAAAAGGAGAAGCUCUGCGAGAAGGAGGGGAUAGACCACAGCCGCCGACAAGAGUUCUCAGAGUUGGGGGAUCAUAGUCCACUAUUCAGAUACACACUGUAA